AUGCGACCUGCGGUGCGUCGGGGUCGGCGGGAGGCUGUUCCACGACGGCGCAGCUGCUCGGGCUCGACUUCUCGCAGGGCUCCCCGGCCACCAGCUCCUUCGCGGGCACGAUGGGCAGCGGCGGCGGCGGCCAAGCGGCCUCGGGGUUGGCGCGGGGCGGCGCCGCCACGCACAGGUUGUAGGAGUAGGGCAAGGUGCCCUCGCAGAAGUCGGCCGGGAAGGCGGCGCCGGCCAGCGACAAGCGCUGCGCGCCCAGGCAGCGCAGCACGGCGGGCGGCCCGGCCCGCCGCAGCCGCGCCAGCACGGCCAGCGCCACGCUCAGCACCAACAGCGCCGACAGCAGCGCCAGCGCCAGCACCAGGUAGAACUGCAGCUCGCCCGCCGCCUCGGCGCCCGCCGCCCGCUCGCUCAGCUCCGGCAGCGCCUCCUGCAAGCUCUCGGCCAGCACCACGUGCAGCGUGGCCGUGGCCGACAGCGCCGGCUCGCCGUGGUCCUUCACCACGGCCACCAGGCGCUGCUUGGCCGCGUCCCUCUCCGACACGGCCCGCGCCGUGCGCACCUCGCCGCUCUGCAGCCCCACGCGGAACAGCGCCGGCUCCGACGCCUGCACCAGCUCGUACGACAGCCACGCGUUGCGCCCCGCGUCCGCGUCCACCGCCACCACCUUGCCCACCAGGUACCCGGACGACGCCGAACGCGGCACCACCUCGAAAGCCGAACCCACCGAGCCCGGCGACGAUCCCGACGCCGCCGGCGGGGGCGGGUAGAGCACCCGCGGCGCGUUGUCGUUCUGGUCGAGCACGAAGACGCGCACCGUGGCCGUCGAGCUGCGCGCCGGCGACCCGCCGUCCUGCGCCCGCACGGCCACCGAGAACUCGCGGCACUGCUCGUAGUCCAACGAGCGCUGCGCGUACACCGCGCCGCUCCGCGCCUCCACCGACACCAGCGGCGCCGCGCCCGCCGCGCCCGCGCUGCCGCCCGACAGCCAGUAGCUCACGCGCCCGUUCGCGCCCGCGUCCAAGUCCCGAGCCACAACGCGCAACACCAGCAAGCCCACCGCGUUGUUCUCCCGCACGUACGCGCUGUACGACGCCUCCUCGAACACCGGCGCGUUGUCGUUCACGUCCGACACCUCCAGCACCAGCUCCCUGCUGCUCCACAGCGCCGGCCUGCCCCGGUCCCGGGCCACCACCGUCACGCGGUGCUCGGACGCCUGCUCGCGGUCCAGCGCGCUCGCCGUCACCACCUUGUAAGAGCCGCCCGACGACGCCACGAUCGACAGCGGCGCCUCUCCCGACAGCUCGCACGACACCUCACCGUUCUCGCCGGAGUCCGGGUCGUUCACGUUCAACAGGGCAACCACGGUGCCGACCGGCGCGUCCUCGGGCACGGGGCUCGACAGUGACAGAAUGGUGAUUUCUGGCGCGUUGUCGUUCUCGUCUGUGACGUCUAUCUGCACUUCACAACGUCCCGUGAGUCCGCCCCCGUCCCUCGCUUCCAGACUGAAGCUGUAUUUAUUCGUCUCCUCAAAAUCGAGGGGCCUCUCGGUCCUGAUCUCACCACUCUCUUGGUCGAUAGAGAACAACUCGCGGAUCCCGGCCGGGACGUUGCCAAAGGAGUAGGAGACCCUCCCAUUGGAGCCCGCGUCCGCAUCCGUGGCCCGCACCUGCAGCACCAGCGAACCUGCCGGCAGAUUCUCCGCCACUCGCGCGUCAUAGACGUUUUUGCUGAACACGGGCCGGUUGUCAUUGGCGUCCGUCACGUUAACACGAACCUGAACAGUCCCGGACCUCGCUGGGUCCCCCCCAUCCACUGCCGUCAGCACAAGUUCAAAGGAUCUCUGCUUCUCCCGGUCCAACGCUCUCUCCAGCACUAAUUCCGGUUGCUUCUUUCCACUCGUGAUCUCCUCCACGGCCAGACUGAAGGACGGGUUGCUGCUGAGUUGAUAAGUAAUCAGGGAAUUACUUCCCACGUCCGCAUCUCGGGCCAUCUCCAGGGGAAAACGAGCACCGGGAGGAAUUAAUUCACCAAUCUCGAGGUCCAGGGCAUCCUUACUGAAGACCGGAGAGUUGUCAUUCACGUCCUCAAUGGCCACUUCGACACGGAAAACAUUUAGCGGGUUGUGCACCAGCGCCUCGAAGCUGACCGAGCAGGACAACGACUCGCCGCACAGCUCCUCCCGGUCCAGCCUCUCGCUCACGUACAGGUUUCCGUUCUCCUCGCUCACCGUGAAGUAUUUCAGCUGCUUUUUGCCGGCAGACGCCACCCGCAGCUUGCGCGCCGGCAGCUCGUCGGCGCUGAGCCCCAGGUCCCGGGCCAGCGGCCCCACCAGCGAGCCUCUGGGCAGCUCCUCGGCCAUGGAGUAGCGGAGCCGCUCCGCCGCCGCCCGCCAGCACAGCCACAGCAGCACAGCGCCCAGCCCCAGCGCUCGCCCGCCGCCCGGCCCGCCGCUCGCCCUCCGCCCGCCCGACAUCGCCCACAGCGCUCGCUCGCCGAGCUCGCAAGGCUCCUGCCGCCGCCCCGCCUCCCUCGCAGCCGCUCUGCGCAGCCCCAGCAGCGCCCGACAAAGCAAACCCGGCCCGCCGCCGCCUCCAACUCGCACGCCUCUGCUGCCCGCGCCGCCUCUCGCCUCUGCUGCCCGUGCCGCUGCCGCUCUGGCCCGCACUGCCCGCCCGAGCCAGCAGCCUGCGGGGACAGCACGCACAGGCGGCGGCGGCGGCGGCUCCAGCAACGCUCGGCGGCGGCCCAACAGCGGCACCCGGAGGCGCCGACACAACACUGCAGCCGCCUCACGG